AUGUCCGGCGAGCAGGUGCCUGCACCCAUGGACAGCCGAAGGGGUAGGAAACUAAAGGAACUUUCGAGCAGGACUAGAGUUGAAAAGACAAAGAAAAUUCCCCAGGUGAAGGGCCCACGGAGGGGUGAGCCAAAUACGGCAGAAGCUCGGAUGAAUUCAAGUAUGAACCCAGAAAAUCAAGAACGACAAGAUUUGCCAGAAGACCUGCAGAAGGGGGCAACACAGAAUGGAUCAAAUGAACAAAAAUCGAGGAGUGAGGGGUGUAGUGAAGAGAAACCCCAGGUCCGUGAUUUCAACCUGAGGAAGAAGAAAAGGAAAAUGUACACGGAGGAACCUGAGUACGAGGAUGACGACUAUUUGUUCUGUGAGGAGUGCCAGACCUUCUUCCUGGAAAAAUGCUCAGUGCACGGCCCCCCUGUAUUUGUUCAGGAUUGUGAAGCCAAAAGAUGUCAACGAAACCGUUCUGAGGCCACCCUACCCCCAGGGCUGCAGAUCAAAAUGUCAAGCAUCCCCAACGCCGGGCUCGGCGUGUGGAAUCAGGCCACAAGCCUGCCUCAAGGAUUGUAUUUCGGACCUUUCGUGGGGAUAAGGAAAAAAAAAGUCAAAGACUCACUCAGUGGAUAUUCUUGGGCGAUUCUCAGAGGCAGAAACUAUGAGUACCUGGAUGGGAAGAACACAUCUUUUUCCAACUGGAUGAGAUACGUGAACUGUCCCCGCACAAAGUACGAGCAGAACUUGGUGGCGAUUCAGUACCACAGUGAGAUUUACUAUCGCACCACCCGUGUGAUUCCACCUGGCCAAGAGUUACUGGUGUGGUAUGGCGAAAAGUAUGCCCGUAACCUGGGCGUCUUCUGGAGGAAUGAGACCCCAGAACCAGGGCCAAGGCCUCAUUUUUCUGGAGGCUCGUUCGCGCCGUCAUCGAGAGGUAGCAUAGUCAAGCCGCGUGUCCGGAGCAAGCGCCCCUCGGCUGCCCUCCGGACUACCAGAAAAAGGCGACGCUCCGCCCGUGACUUCCCGCCGAGACACGAGGACACUGCCGCUCUUCAAGAUGAACGGCAGGAUCCAGACCGUGGCCGGGUGAAGAGAGGACUCAGAAAGGAUGAACAGAUAGAGAGGGCCAAGGUUAUGGCAGGGGAGAAAGCUUUGGGGGUGUUCCCCCCCCCCCCCCCGCUCCAGGGAGGAUUCUCAGAUGAAACAGAAAUAGAGAGAAAGGAGAGUGGACAUGAGCAAGUUAGGGAGGCGUCGGGUCCGAAAGAGGCCCAGGCGUGGCGUGCAGAAAGGAGCGCCUUUCUGCGGAGGCACUGCUGCGAUGUCUGCCGCAAGACUUUCAAGCGGUUAACUCACUUGAGGCAACACCAGGAGAAGCCAUUAGUGUGCGAAAUUUGUAAGAGGGCUUUUAACGACCUAUCCAACUUGAAAAGGCACGCCAAGAGAGUCACGGGGGAGAAGCCAUAUGUGAUCCCGGUCUGCGAGAGGGGCUUCAACCGAAGUGAUAACAUGAAUGAACAUUGCUCAAAACACACAAGCUAUAACGUUGUUCCAAACACAGGCCAUAUGAGUGUCACUACUGUGGAAAACACUUCAUUUGUUAAUCAACCAGAACUACCAAAUAUGUAG